AAUUUUCCCUAGAGAGACAUCCCUUGGCAGUUUUCUGGCAGUCCCUCCACGAACUACCCAGGGCUAGCUGACAAAAUAAUCACAAGAUAAACUUUUGAGAAUACUGUCGGCGAGUGACCCGCAGCAGCAGAGAGGGGGAGCCCAUCAGCAGCCCUCGAACCGAACAGCUGUGAUCCAGGGUGGCAGAUCAGCUGCUCCGUUACAACAGACCACACACGUUUCCCCCCCAGAAGAUUUUUAUGGAGGCCGUUUUGAACUGCAAACCAGAGGACUUGGAGGAUUACUACGGGUUAUUAGGCUGCGAUGAAUUGUCGUCGACUGAACAGAUUGUCAAUGAAUACAAGAUCCGAGCCUUGGCAUGUCACCCAGACAAACACCUAGACAACCCAAGAGCAGUGGCAGAGUUCCAAAAACUGCAAGAAGCCAAAGAGGUUUUAUGUAAUGAAACCAAAAGGAAAAACUAUGACCUGUGGAAAAGAAGUGGAGUUACCAUUCCAUUCCACGACUGGCAAGCCUUGAAUGACUCUGUAAAAACUUCAAUGCACUGGGCUGCGAGAGAUAAAAAGGAACCAAUGCUGGAGGCUUCAAAAGCAGAAAUCCCAGUCACUGCCCAAGCAGAGGGUCUUCACUGUGAGCAGGAGGCACCAGGGGUCUCUUCAUAUGAUGCCAUGCCAUCCUCAAGUGAUUACUGCCAUCGGCGUUUUCGUUGGGCUGCUGACUCUCCGUCUAGUCUACUGCGGAAGUUCAGAAAUUAUGAAAUCUAAAUAUAUCAAAUAUAUCAUUGUUUUUGUUUAAAUGUUUGUGUUUUGUGUCUUCUUGUUGUCAGUCAUUCAGCUGGGACCUUGUUAAAUGUGGUGUCAGUGUUAGUGGAUAUGGUCUGUCUAACUCCACAAAAUGUCUUGCAUGAAAUGGAAAUCUGUCUGUUGCAUAUGUGCAAUCUUUUGUCUAACAAAAACCAGAUAGUUGUGUAUUAGGUUAAGUGAAUAAAGUAUGUUGCUAUUUGUUUUGUUCUGUUGUUUAAAUAUGUUCACUAACGUGAGGGAGAUAUGACCAUGUCUGAUACUGGAGCACCUUAAAUGCUAUAAUGUGUAAUUUUGUUUUGCAGACAAGUUGAUAAUGUUGGGAAAAUAAAACUAA